CAGUUGCAUCCCAAAUCCUCCAGUAUUCGCAGGAGCAUUCUUUUUUCUGGGUCUGCAAUGCAAUUGGCUCUGGCCAGUGCUCAUCAAUAUUGGCUCCCCCUUCUCCACGAUCCAGCCGACUAUGAAUGCCGUAGUGGUUCUCCGAGCUGCAAGCAGGUUGCAGCUUGGUCGGCCCGUCAGGGUAUAUAUAUGAGGCGAGUUUGUCUCUUGUCCUGCUCUUUUUUUUACCAUGCUAUCACGGGUGAUGCUUUGAUAUAUCCAUCUUUAUUAUAUUCCAAUUUAUAUAUUUAUUUAACUAUUCCCUGAUCACCGUCAAAACAGCAUGGCACACCAACAGGAAAAGUAUGACAUAGUCAUCGUGGGCGCCGGCCCCGUUGGCAUUCUGUUGUCGCUCUGUAUGUCCAGAUGGGGUUACAAGGUCAAGCACAUUGACAACCGUCCUGUCCCCACUGCCACUGGUCGCGCCGAUGGUAUUCAGCCUCGCUCCACGGAGAUCCUCCGCAAUCUUGGCUUGAAGCGCCAGAUUAUGGCCUACCACCCCGCUAAGGUCUACGACGUCGCUUUCUGGGACCCUCUCGCUGAGGGCAAGGGUAUCCACCGCACAGGCAGCUGGCCCAGUUGCCCUCGCUUUAUCGAUACUAGAUACCCCUUCACUACUCUGGUUCACCAGGGUAAGAUCGAGAAAGUGUUUAUCGAUGAGAUCGAAAAGGCCGGAACCACCGUCGAGCGACCCUGGACCAUUCACGGAUUUAAGAACGAUGGCGCAGACGAGACCUACCCCGUUGAAGUGCAGCUCAAGUCCAUUGAUACCAAUGUGAUCGAGACUGUCCGUACAAAGUACCUCUUCAGUGGCGAGGGUGCCCGCAGUUUUGUCCGACAGCAGUUGGGCAUUCAGAUUCACCACAAGGACCCUAUCGCAUAUGUGUGGGGUGUUAUGGACGGUGUUGUGAGAACCGACUUCCCUGAUAUCGAGACAAAAUGCACCAUCCACUCCGACGCCGGUUCGAUCAUGGUCAUUCCCCGUGAAGACAACAUGGUCCGUCUCUACGUCCAGAUUGCCUCGUCCUCGGACCCCGACUGGAACCCUAGAAAGACCGCCACCGCCGAAGAAGUCCAGAAUGUCGCAAAGAAGAUCCUCAAGCCCUACUAUUUGGAGUGGGACCGUGUUGAAUGGUACUCUGUUUACCCCAUAGGACAGGGUAUCUCCGAGAAGUACACCUUGGAUGAGCGCGUUUUCAUGGGUGGUGAUGCCUGCCACACCCACAGCCCCAAGGCUGGACAGGGAAUGAACACUGCUUUCCACGACGCAUUGAAUAUGGCCUGGAAGAUCCACGCUGUCGAAUCUGGAUUGGCCAACCGUUCUAUUCUGAGCACCUACGAGAGCGAGCGCAAGGACGUCGCCGAGACCUUGCUCAACUUCGACUCGAAAUACGCCGCCCUGUUCUCCAAGCGCCGUCCUAAUGCUGGUGAGGUCGGAUCUGCCAGCCACCACACUGUCCAGGCUGGAGGUGAAGAGGAUGAGUUUGUCAAGACCUUCAAGUCUUCUUGCGAGUUCACCAGUGGAUACGGUGUUGCCUACAAGCCCAACGUCUUCAACUGGGACGCUAGCCACCCCGCCCAGUCUCCUCUGUUCAACGUCCCCAACGUGAGACUGACACCGGGACGUGCUUUCACUCCCUCCACUGUCACCCGACUUGCGGACUCCAACUUUGUGGCCCUGGAACAGGAGGUGCCGGCCAACGGAGCGUUCCGUAUCUUCGUCUUCGCCGGAAAGCAGUUGAGCACCAAGAAGGCGAUUGCGGACUUUGCUGCCAACCUGGAGAAGGAGCGCUCGUUCCUCUCUGCCUACCGCCGAUCCGACAAGGCGUCCUUCUUUGAGCAUCACCACCCUCACUCCAAGCUGUUCACCCUCUGCGUGGUGUAUGCUGGAGAGAAGAACAAGAUCGACAUCGAUGCUGUGCCCCAGGUCAUCCGCGAUUACCACCACCACAUCUACGCCGACGACCUCCCCGACGUCCGGGUUCCCAACGCAACCUUCGCUGCCCACGAGAAGCUGGGCUUCGACCCCGAGAAGGGAGGUGUUGUCGUCACUCGUCCCGACAGUCAUGUCGCCUGUACCGUGCAGCUUGUGGAAGGCAGCGGCACUGUGGAUGCACUGAACGCAUACUUUGGCGCAUUCACCACAAAGCCUUUGGGUCAGGACCAGCAGCAGAGCCGUCUGUAGGGAACGGAUGAGAUAGAAUUGGAUUUUGUACUAUUUUAGAGCUGUUUUGCUUCGAUGUAUAUGAUUCUUUUUGGUCUUUUGGCUCGCUCAUUAAGAGCGAUGAUGGCCUCAGCAUAUUUGGCGUUGUAUAUCAAAUGCAUUUACUAUUCUGAUUGA